UUGGCGGAGCCGGAAGUGCGGGGGGCCUGGAGGAGCCAUGGGGGUGAAGCUGGAGAUCCUGAGGAUGUGUCUGUACCUGUCCUUCCCCGUGGCCGUGUUCUGGGUCUCCAACCAGGCCGAGCUCUUCCAGCGUCACGUGAUCGACCGCAAGAGGGAGAUUUUCCCGCCGGACACCCCGGAACGGCGCCAGGCCAUGGCUGAGCUGAAGCAGCGGCUGCGGGAGAGGAGGGGGACCCAGGCGUGAGGGGACAGCGGGGACACGGCACCGUGGGACACACGGCCACCAGGGUACACGGCGGUGACAGCAGGGACAUGGCAGUGACACCAGAGACACAUGGCCACCGUGGGACAUGGCGGUGACAGCAGGGACACAUGGCCACCGUGGGACAUGGCGGUGACAGCAGGGACACAUGGCCACCGUGGGACAUGGCGGUGACAGCAGGGACACACGGCCACCCGUGGGACAUGGCGGUGACAGAGGAGACGUGGCAGUGACACCGGGGACACAUGGCCACCCAUGGGAUAUGGUGGUGACAGAGGGGACACGGUGCUGGCAGAGGGGACACGGUGACAGAGGGGACAUGGUGACAGCGGGGACACGGCAGUGACAGAGGGGACAUGGGGGUGACAGCAGGGACACAGCAUUGGCAGAGGGGAUGUGGCAGUGACUGCGGGGACACGGUGACAGAGGGGACACUCCGCUGGCUCAACGUGGCCGUGCUGUGACAGCAGCACCGUGGCCCUGACGGUGACACAGGACACGCCUGGCACUGCCCUGUCACCAUGGGCACACCGUGACAGCAGUGCCACCCGUGCUGGUGACAGAAGGGACAGUGACAGCACCCCAUGGCAUCGAUGUGACCGUGAUGGUGGCAAAGGGGACAGUGGCAGCACCCCAUGGCAUCGAUGGCGUCACUGUGGCGGCGUUGGUGACAAAAGGGACACCUGGCAGCGUCCUGGUGCCAUCACUGUGGUGGCAUUGGUGACAGAAGGACACGUGGCAGCGCCGUGUCACUGUGGGCACGACCUGGUGCUGUCACCGUGGCUGUGUUGGUGACAGAGGGGACGAGUGACAACGGCUGAUGGCAUCGCUGUGACAGCGUUGGUGACAGAGGGGACAGCGGCAGCAGCUGGUGUCACUUGCUGUGACUGUGUUGGUGACAGAGGGGAUACAUGGCAGCCUUUGAUGGCAUCUCUGUGGCCGUGUUGGUGACAGUGACAACAGCCAGUGUCACUCGCUGUGGCCGUGUUGGUGACAAUGACAACAGCCGCUGUCACUCACUGUGGCCGUGUUAGUGACAGAGGGGACAGCAGCCGCUGUCACUCGCUGUGGCCGUGUUGGUGACAGUGACAACAGCCAGUGUCACUUGCUGUGGCCGUGUUGGUGACAGAGGGGACAACAGCCGCUGUCACUCGCUGUGGCCGUGUUGGUGACAGUGACAACAGCCAGUGUCACUUGCUGUGGCCGUGUUGGUGACAGUGACA